UCUUCUGCCUGAGAGGGAUUACAGACAGACAUACAGACAGACAUACAGACAGAUAGACACAUUUCUCACCAUCACUGGCUUUGCGCAAAAACAAAAAGAACAACAUUAUUUUCUAGCUUUAUUUGUUUUUGAAACGUGGAUUUAUAAAGCUUAAGAAAGCUGGACAUUUUAAUAUAUGUUUAAUUUUAAGUUAUUUUAUGUGCAAGUUACUCUCGUGCAACUACAACAAAGAGCCCUAGGAGAGAGAACUGGUACCAAAGCAGUAAUACUUCUGUUUUUGUUAUUUUGAACGCAUUAUUUAUCUUCAGUAUUUGACAGUAUUUAUUAUACUUAAGUACAAAUUGUCUGUUGCAUUUGCGAAGUUUGCCUAUUUUGUUUUAUUUUGCUUCGUUCAGCAGUGAACCAUAGUUGAGCUUGGUGUAAUUACGAGUUUCUUUUGCUCGAGCUGCAUCAUUUUCGCGGGUUUUCUUUCAUUUCGCGUGCAAAAUGAUUCGGAUACCCAGAGGGAUUUCUCCUGCUUCAGGAAGUGGUGCAGUCGUUGGAUUCUCGUGCCAGCAGAAAAAUAUGUUCUCCGGGAUGAGGACAGAUUUUUUCAACACUGGACUUGCGAGCCCGCCUUCGAUACCGGCUGGAUACUUCACUCAAAUCGGCAACACGACAGCUGCGGAGCAGAGACCCAGCUGCCUGUACGCGACCCCUCACGGACCCGAAGCUAAGCCUGUGCGAACCCCCUCCGGCCGGCUGCCGGCCAAGAGGAGGCUAGAUCUGGAAGAGCCACUGUAUCUCCCUGAAUUUCGCACACCAAAAGGGAAAGGAAACUUGGCAUUUGUGAGGGUACCAAGCCCCAAAACUCCCAAGUCUCCUGGUGAGCGCACUCGUUAUGACACUUCUCUUGGGCUGCUGACUAAGAAAUUUGUUGGCUUAUUGAGUGAAUCGGCUGACGGGGUUCUAGAUCUGAACUGGGCCACGGAGGUUCUGGAGGUUCAGAAGAGACGCAUCUAUGACAUCACAAAUGUUCUGGAGGGAGUGCAGCUCAUACGCAAGAAAUCCAAGAACAACAUCCAAUGGCUGGUCAGUGGUGUGUUUGAGGGGUCAGCCAGUGGUGCAGAGAAGGCCAGCACUCUGAGAAAAGAACUGUCUGAGCUAGACAGGCAGGAAAAAGCUCUGGACGACCUCAUUCAGUCCAGCUCAGCGCGGCUACGAGAACUCACAGAGAACAAGGACAACCAAAGAUUAGGAUAUGUGACCCAUCAGGACAUUCGCUCCAUAGUCAGCCUGAAGAAUGAAACUGUGAUCGCUGUAAAAGCUCCGUCUGAAACCAAACUGGAAAUUCCAGAGGCAUCCGGGGGGUCGCUGCAGAUUUACCUGAAGAGCAAGAAUGGCCCAAUCGAGGUGUACUUGUGUCCUGAAGAAUGUUUGGAUGAUGUUAGUCCCAUCAAGAAUGCCACACCCAGAAAAGAUUACCCACAAACCCCCAGUGCCACCACACCCUCUCUCUUUCCACCUGCCAAACCCCAGCCAGCAGAGGGUUCGCUGUCAAAGCCACAGCCGUCAAUGACAGGCACCAAUGGUAGCACCUCCCUACUUGAUGUGGAAGGGAUUCUGGGUCUGCCUCCUAGCCUUAUGGAGAUCACAGACGACCAGCUGCCAGGAACGGCCUUCACGUCUGACCCCUCCGUCCCCUUUGUUAGUUUCCCUCCUCAGCUCACUCAUGAUGACUACCUCUGGAGUCUGGAUGAUGGAGAAGGUGUAUCUGACUUCUUCGACACAUAUGAUCUGGGAGAUCUGCUCAAAACAUGAGGCGUUAAUGUCAGGGGUCCUGUUCCAGUGUGAUUAAACAAUAAUUGAUUGUGUGAAUUUUUGAAUUCAGACACUGAUCCACAUUACAAGACACCUUCACAAUUUGACAUAGAAUGAAGUUGUAGCAUAAAGUGCACUACUGAAUUGGCCUAAUUGGUUAUAACCAUGAUGAUCCAUGACUGAAUUAGGAAUGGAGCCUCUGCUUGUUUUAACUACUUCCAUGUUAUGAUUAGAAAUACUUUAAUUAAAAAGUGAGCAUGUGCCCUCUAGUGGAUAUCUGUGUAAUUCAGAUACAUUAUGAAGCCAUAUUUUUUCUGUGAGUCAUACAAUUAGUAAGGUAUUUUAUUGUUUAGUUAUAUUGUUUACAAUUAUUUGUUAGGUGAUAUUACAAUUUAUUUUGUAUUUUUUCCCCAUUGGCAAAUUGUUGAUCUUUGUAACUUUAUUUAGUAUUGACCAAAAUAACUUCUAACUGCCUUGUGUCUAGGUAUGAGCUAGAACAUACUGUUUUAUCUAUUGUGAGUAAUUCUUAAAUGGGAUGAAUGGAACUCAGGUAAUUUUAAAAGCUUUUAUUGAGCUUUAACAAUUGUAGUACUGUUGAACAUUGCCAGUAGAGGGCUGUGUGACCCUUUCUACCUGCCCUCAGGCAAAAGUGCUAAAGGAUGUGUAUGUUGAAGACAUGUGAACUGUCAUAAGGUUUGUAUCUUAGCUUCAUAACCAGACUCAACAAAUCUAGACUCAGGUAAGGCAGAGAUCUGAAAAGCUGUUUCUAAAAGGUUAUUCAGAUUUAGUCAUCAUCUAUUCAAAAUGAAAGCAGUGCUUGGGUUUUUAGAAAUGGGUGCUUGUCUGUUCAUUCUACCUCCAUUUUUUAGAUUAAUUAAACCACAGUGAGGUAGUGCCUUGUACUUGUAGCAGUGGUUUUUCCCAGGUCUUGAAUAAGUAGAUACUAUAUAAUUUCUGAGUUUUAAACACUGACAUGCAUGUCUGUUUAGUAGAAACCUCAGAGAAUGUACAUAUUUGGCAGCUAAAUUUACCAAAUGAUUUAUUCAAACUGAUAAAUUGAUACAUUUUAGGUCUGUUCAAUGACUGUAGAAUAAUUUUUCCCCCAGUGUCAUUAAGGUGAAGUUCUCAGGGUGUUCUGCUCCACUCUUGUAGUAAAGGCAUAUUUAAGGGGAUCUGGCAGAAACCUUCUGUUUGAACACUGAACUACUCCAUGAACUGCUGGGAAUACAAAGUAAACUUUGUUUUUUGUGUGUGGAGUAGGGAUUCUUACCUCACCUGAAUGGUAGUUUUUAUUGCUGCGGAAGUAGACUACAAAUUAAAAAAAAAAAAAAAAAAAAA